AUGGGAGAUGAGGAUCAGGUUGUUCUAUUGGAUUUCUGGGGUAGUAUGUUCGGCAUGAGAGUGAGAAUAUGUCUAGACGAAAAGGGUAUCAAGUACGAGUAUAAAGAACAAGAUCUUCUUGACAAAGGUCCUUUACUUCUUCAAAUGAACCCCAUUCAUAAGAAGAUCCCUGUUCUCAUCCACAAUGGAAAACCCAUAUGUGAGUCUCUUAUCAUUUUGCACUACAUCGAAGAGGUUUGGCCUCACAAAGCUCCUCUCCUACCAUCCGAUCCGUACCAGAGAUCCCAAGCAAGGUUCUGGGCUGACUUCAUUGACAAUAAGUCGACUAAUUUGGCUUCAGACAUCCCUCUUUUUGAUUGA